AAAAAUCUGUUUGGUCAUAAGAAAUUUAAUUGACUGUUGGUUGGCCACAAAAAGGGUUCAUUUUCCUUCACUGUUCUCUCUCUCUCGCUCGCUCGUUCUUUUCUAUCAAAAAAAAGAAAAAAAAGACACAAAAAGUGAAAAAAAAACAAAAAAACUUACGUAUUGUUUAUGGUGCGUCACAAUUCAUCAGAAAAAAACAGUUUAUGCAAGUGUUUUUUGUUUUGACAAGUGAGGCUAGCUCGAGUAGUUGAGCAACUCGUCUCCACUAUCAACCCUAAUUUGUGAUAAUAUGGCUUCCAAAAGAAAAGAAUGGGAAUCAAGUCCAAGUAAAGUAGCUAGGCUACAUCCACCGCUCUAUGAGCUUGCUGUACAAGCAAUAUCUCAAUCAAAAGCCGGAGAAAAUGAACAUGAUGAAGAAGAAAGUUUCAAAAGAGAUGUAUUUAUUUCCGAAAGUCAGCAUGAUCGAAAUGCUAAUAGCCCUUCAAUUGAAGAGUUUGUCAAAAUCUUCAGUAUUGAUAGUUUUCCUGUGCGAAUGCAGUGCGAUGGUGUCACAAAUUUAACUGGUGAUUGUGUGGUAAAGUCAGUCAUGGGAAAAUCUUUUGAUACCUUCAGAAAAAUACUUCGAGAACAAAAUUUGGAUGCUUAUUUCAGGGAUAGUUGUUUUGGGCAAUAUCUUGAUUUGCCGGAGGACAACAAUGCUCGUUUCCAAAUGACUAUGGUGUAUGGUCUUCUCAAGCGUAGGUUUAUGUAUGAAAAUAAAGAUAAGAUGGAUGAGGUAUGGAUAAAUUACUGUGGCAUGCCAGUGUGUUUUGGUUUGAAGGAGUUUGCCAUAGUUACUGGACUAAAAUGUUAUCCUCCUUCUCAACCUAUACGUAUUCUAACACAAAGAAAAGCACACUGCACGCAAAAAGGCAAAGAUAAAUCAAGUGAUGGUGAUGACUUGUUGUCCCUUGUUGGUCCAAGCUUCAAAAAUACAAAUUUGAUAGAAGAGUUGAAAGGUACAAGGUUUUCAAAGAAGCACAAACAAUCAUUGUGUUUGGUUUGGUUUGUACAUAAUAUUCUUUGGGCGAGAGACGUUAACAACAACAUACCACUUGAUUUAAUAAUGCUUUCCGAGGAUCUUGAGGCAUUUAAUAACUAUCCUUGGGGUUAUGAAAGCUUCAAAAUGACUGUCAAAUAUUUGUUGACUCCGUUAGCGCCAAAGAAAAUCAACUUAUAUGGUUUUCCAUGGGCUUUUAUGGCUUGGGCAUUUGAAGCCAUUCCUUUUCUCAGACAACAAGUGAACUACCAAGAAGAAGUUUCAUGUCCAAGAAUCCUGAGAUGGUUGUCGGCCAAAAACGAUAAAAAACCAAAAUCUCUUGAUCUUUUCAGUCCUCCGGAGGAAGCAAUUGUGCAUCCGUGGCUUGUUCCGACUAAUCGAGAGUUGAAGAUGCCAUUUUUUCUUACUUUACAGUCUGUGCAAACUUUAUCGGAUCCUAAGGUAAUUGAUGAAAUAAAAAAUGAAUUGAUUGGAGCUACAACCAUCAAAAGAAAAGCACUUUGGGAGAGUGGGCUUAUUCUUGGUGAUGUUGUUGUUGAUGGUGCUAUUGGUGAUGGUGGUGGUGAUGGUGUGGCUGUUGGGGCUAGUGGUAGUGGUGAUGGUGCUAUUGUUGGUGCUACUGAUUUUACUGAUUUUAAUGAUCGAUAUACCUCUUCUUUAAAGUGUCAUACUACAGAUUUCUCGCACGGAAAGGAUAGUCAAUCAUUUGAAGAUCUUGCCCCUCCUUGCUUAUCUUGUGAAGAUCUUGCACCUUCUUGCUUAUCUUGUGCAUGCAAAUGUGAAGAGUGCAAGGCAAAACAUGAUGGGGUGAUUAAUACUGUUAAUGCAUUAAUUGCUGAGGUAAAAGAAUUCACAUCUAAGAGGGGUGUCAUUCGAUCAAAGAAGAUUUCAGAUCCACUCACUCCAUUAGACAUCAAGGCUAAGAGGAGAAAGAAAGCAAUUUCCAAGGCAUUAUCAAGUUUCCUAAAAAGAAAAAUUGCAAGUCCUCCGUCUUGCACACUUGAGCAAUCUACAUGGGCCACAGGAGAACAACAUGAGCUAAAAAAGUUUCCCAUGUUGCAGAUGAGUUUUCAACCGUCAGCAGAAAUUCUUGCCGUAGCGAAAGCUGAUAUUGAGAGAUUCUUGUUGUUGCCUUCGGAAGACUUGCUUCUACCAAAAAACUGUUCAGCGUUGAGUGCUGCACUAUCCAUAUAUGCUGCAGCACCGGAUUUAUCGGUCGAGAGAGCGCUUGCCUCGGAAAAACUCAAAGAAAACCUUCCAUACUUCUCCUUGACCUUGCGUAGGGCUAAGAAGGACCAAGAGGAGUAUUAUAAGAAAGCUACCAAGAAAGUAGUCCUCGUUGGUGAGCUCACAAAAUAUCAGGAGCUCUACAGUGACCUCAGCGAUUGCAACAACCAACUUGAAUACAGAAUAAGCAAGCUGGAGGCCAGCUUGAGGGAUGCAAAGAAAAAAAAAGAAGCAAUUCAAGAGCAAAAAUUGAGUUUGUCCAAGAAGUGCUUAGAAAAGUCUAUUGCUCUCGAUGAAUUGGAACAUGAGUUUUCUGACCUGAUGGAGAUGAAGAAGCUAGCUGAUUACGAUGUGGCUCGAUUGGAAGAAAGCUUGAAAGAAUUCAAGAGUAAGAUAAUCGAGUGAUAGCUUAAGUAAGAACAUGUAAACAGUUUUUGCUAUUAAGUUUAGCCAAGUUUGGUUAACUUCUAGACUUCUAGUUAUGGUUCCGGUAGCACAGGUUGAUGGCACUAAUUUUGAUAUGAUGACAGGGUAAAAUAUGUACAUAGCUACCCCUUUGAUCUCUAUUCUCUCCAAUUAUAUAGAUUUCUUUACAUU